AUGAAAGCGAUGGUAGUGGAGAUGGAGGAAGGGGUUAAAGACAAUGCAGCAUCACCCCUUAAAUCAAGACUCACAAACCAAUCUAGGGCUCUAUUUUCAAUGCGACUGCUUCAGAUCUUGCUGUUGUUUCUUGUUCUGACUCUUGGGAUCUCAGUUGUUGGUAUACACACCAUCAAGUUCUUGAGGAUUCAACAUUUGCCUCCUGUGGCUCCAACCACAACCACUUUGAUCUCAAACUAUGAUCAUCAUGGGACUGUCACUUUAGAGAGCUUCAUCAAACCUCCUUUGAAUGUUUGGCACACAAUGAACGACAGUGAGUUGCUUUGGCGUGCUUCGAUGGAGCCAAGGAGGAUUGUGUAUCCGUUUAAACGGGUUCCUAAAUUGGCUUUCAUGUUUCUCACCAAAGGGCCUUUACCAUUUGCUCCACUUUGGGAGAUGUUCUUUAAAGGACAUGAGGGUCUUUACUCAAUCUAUGUUCAUGCAUUGCCUGAUUACAGAUCUGAUUUUUCAAGAUCAUCUGUGUUUUACAAGAGAUAUGUCCCAAGUCAGGCUGUGGCAUGGGGAGAGAUGAGUAUGUGUGACGCUGAAAGGAGGCUUCUUUCGAACGCCUUGCUAGAUAUCUCUAACGAAUGGUUUGUUCUGGUGUCUGAAUCAUGCAUCCCUCUGCGAGGUUUCAGCUUCAUCUACGGUUAUGUCUCUGAAUCAAGACAUAGUUUCAUGGGUUCUAUUGAUGAAGAAGGACCUGACGGAAGAGGAAGAUACAGAGAUGGGAUGGAGCCUGAGAUCUCGCUUAGCCAGUGGAGGAAAGGGUCACAGUGGUUUGAAGUUAACCGGAAACUCGCUGUUGAGAUUGUUCAAGACACAACUUACUACCCCAAGUUCAAAGAGUUUUGCAAACCUCCGUGUUAUGUUGAUGAACAUUACUUCCCUACAAUGCUGUCUAUGAAACAUCGGGUUUCGCUGGCUAACCGGACACUGACGUGGACAGAUUGGUCACGCGGUGGUGCUCAUCCAGCUACUUUUGACAAGGCUGAUAUAACAGAGACUUUUCUCAAGAAUCUUCCGGAAGCUAAAGCCUGCUCCUACAAUGAUGAGCGGUCUCAAGUUUGUUAUCUAUUUGCUAGAAAGUUUGCUCCUAGCGCAUUGGAGCCCUUAUUGCAACUUGCACCCAAGGUUCUUGGUUUCUGA